AUGUGGGAAUUAGCGAAAGCGCAUCAAAUGAGAUAUAACAAUCGACGCCUCAUUGCUAAGUUGAACACAAUAGCCUGGGCCAGUGCUCUACAACUGCACCCCAGGGAUCCCCUCCAGUUAGCUAUGACAGCGAUGGACCCAUUUGCUUUCCCAUUCUCUGCAACUGUGAUGGAACAUACGUCAUUAUCAGCAUGGUCUCAGUCUUCGAUCUCAGUCUCCGACUCACCAGCAUCAACUGAUCUCGAGGUAUGGAGCAUGACUGACGAAGAGAUUAUCAGUCUAUCAAGCACUAAAUGGAAGUCGAAGUGCUAUGAUCAUUACAAUGUGAGCCUCAAGCGCAUCUACAAAGAUGACAAGACCCCGCUGUUCUUGCAGUUCGGCUUUACAUGCAAAUUCGAUCCGAAGAAUCACAGAACACAUUAUCGUGAUCAGAUGAAGACAGGAGAUGGAACCAAGAACCUUGAUCGGGGGAUACAGGGGUGUUGCAAGUGGCGCGGAGUUGAGCCGACCAGUACUGUACACCUCAUCAUCGAUGGGUGGACAGCCCCCUUUGUUGCGUCAUACCUAGGAAUCAUUAUCGUCUGGUUUGAUGGCACCAGGUUAUGGCGUGCAAUAUUGGAGUUUAUUCGCUUGACGGAAAAGCAUACUGGUGCUUAUCUGGCCCACAAGAUUGCUGAUUGUAUGCACCAUUUUGGGUUGGAGAAAAAG